AUGGGUAGUACUUUUUUCGCUAUAAUUGGUAAAAAUAUGAAUAAAGUUAUUGAUGAAAACUUGAAGCAGCCGAAUAUUAAGAAGAAUUAAUUCAAAAACGUAAUCGAUUCAGCUUGAAAGGUGUUUAAAUAAUUUUAUAAUUGCAUUUUUCUAUUAAAUUCGGUCGAAAUUAAUUUAUAAAAUAAAAUUUACCUAUUAGAAAAAAAAAUUGUUCUAAUUUAAAGUUCCAAUUUACCUCAAUUUUCUUCAAUGAAAAGGGAAGGUAAGAAGAAAAAAAAUAGGCUCAAAGAUUAUAAAAUCCAAAAAGCUAUUUGAUAGGUGAAGAUUUUUUAGGCUGCUUUCUUCAAUAAUCGCCUGUGUAGCGAUAUUCCCAGCAUCUUCAGAUUACGAGAUGGGAUUUUCUGAAGAAAGAACAGCAACAAACUGCAUGAUUGUGGAGGACAGUUCAGUUUUGUACAGACAUUUAGCUAUGUGGCUUAGCUUUUCAAGUAUUUUACUAUUAAUCCCUUAUAGAUAUUAUUUCCUCAAGUGAAAGCGGCAUAUGCCCAAAACCUUUCACGAGCUCCCUUCCUACAAAAAGCUGACCUUGAUGCAGGUCUUUGAAAUGCGAAAAAAGCCUAAAUUCUCCCAAUAUAUAGGAGAUGACACAAUCCCUAUCACAAUUUUACUUCUGAUUUUGCCAUAUCCAGGAUUAGAUCUGACCUUUACAGUUUCCCAACAAAUUCUUUACCAAGACGUAAAAGUCUGCUACUUUGUGACUGAGCCUUUAUAUGCCUUAAUGUUCCUGCGGUGGAUUUAUCUAAUUUUUUCCCUAUUCAACUUUGGGAAAUACAACAACCAAGUAGCUCAAAGGUACAGAGAAAAGUUUGGCGUCCCAAUGACCCCAGCUUUUUCGCUGAAAUGUUACCUAAACCAAGACCCUCUGCUUAUGCUUUUAUUUUUUUUCCUGAUCCCAGGAAUCCUUAUAUUUGGAUCAGUGAUGAGAAUUUUUGAUAGGCCUCUUAUGAAGCCGAGCAUGGACUUUGACUAUGUUGGGAACGCUUGAUGAAAUUCAGUGAUUACCAUGAUGACGGUAGGAUUUGGGGACACUUAUCCUACCACAAUCCUAGGCAGACUUGUCAGCGCUUCCAGUGCUAUAUAUGGAGGUAUGGUGCUGUCUUUUACUUUUGUGUCUAUGGGAUCAAUCCUUCAGCUUUCCAAAAACGAAAAAAACGCAUUUAAUUAUAUUUUGGUAAGUUCUGCUGCAACCGGGGCUAUUGUUUCAGCACUUUCUUAUAAAAAAUCAGAACAAAAAAAUAUAGAAGAGAGAUAUAACGCCUGGGAAAGGGUAAAAACACAUCUGAGGUAUUUUAUGGAUUACAAAGAAAUAAUAGGUGCAGAUAAAGAUGAAGGAGAAGAAGCCAUUGACAAUUUGAAAGAAAGGGUGUUAAGCUUAGAGGACAAAGUGAGUAGCCUAAAAGGGACUACUGACGCAAUAAUUCAUAAACUUAAUCGUAUUUACACUAGGUAA